AUGGAGCAAGGUGAAUUAUCGGAUGACGGUGAAUACUCACCAACAUCAGCUAGCAUAAAAGAAAUUAAUGAUAUAAAUAUCAAUAAUAAUAAUGAUAAUUAUAAUUAUAAUAAUAAUAAUGGUAACAAUUCAAUAUUGAUGCCAAAUAAACAGUUGGUCAGCUAUCAUGAUCUGGAAGAAGGUGAAACUGAAGAUGAUUAUAAUCCAAAUAUAGUUGAUACAAAUAAUAACAAUAACAAUAACAAUAGAGAUAGAGAUAGAAAGAGUAAUAGAGAUAAUCAUAAUCAUUAUAGUAGUAGAGAAAGAGAUAGAAAUGAUAGAAGUGGUGGCGAUAGAGAAAGAUACAAUAAAGAUAGUAGAGAUUAUAGAGAUAGAGAUAGAGAUAGAGAUGAUAGAAGAGAUAGAGAUAGAUACAAAGAUGGUAGAGAUCGGAGGGAUGGCAGAGGAUCAGACCAUAGAGAGAGAAGAAGAUACGAUGAUCUGGAUCGAGACAACAAUAUAGAACCAUGUAAAACUUUAAUAUUAAGAGGUUUAUCAUUUGAAACUAAAGAAGAAAAAAUUAUAGAUUCGAUUAAACCGUAUGGUAUCUAUGAAUCGGUAUCACUCAAGCUCGACAAACACACCAAUGAAUCACGAGGUUUUGCAUUCGUUACUUUUGCAACGAUCGAUACCGCCACUGAAUUCCUAACCAAUGUUAACACCACCCCGAAUCGCCUGAACAUCGACGGCAAAGAUAUUAUGGUUAACUAUAGUAUAUCAGCAGGAUCGUUGUCAUCAUCAUCAACAUCAUCUUCAUCAUCAUCCUCCAAUGUAAACAAUUCACAAGAUUGGUUAUGUGAUAAUCUAUACAAUACACUCUAUGAACUGAGUCAGUUGGUACCAAGAGAGAUUAGAUUAGUAAGGAAACCAGGACUACCAAAAGCAAUUGCAUUUUUAGAAUUCAAUUCAUUAAGUGUCAGUAGUAGUAAUAUUUAUGAAUCAUCAACGGCAUUGAGUAAAUGUAGUAAUUUAAUAAUUGAUAAUCAAUCGGUGAGAAUCAACUAUGUAAAGUCUGAGAAACCAAGUGGAAAGAGUACAUCGAUGUUGGCACCAGGUAUUUCUGCAUCGGAAUAUGUACAGUGGACAAAUAGUUUUGGUGGUGGUGGUAGUACUACUAAUAAAAAUAGUGGAGGGGUUAAUAACAACAACAAUAAUAGCAAUAAUAAUAAUAGUAGUAGUAAUAAUAAUAAUGCACCUGAAGGAUGUGUAAUCGAUCCAACAACAGGAUUCUAUUAUAAUUCAACCUCUGGAUACUAUUUCGAUGUUAUUGCACAAGUUUAUUUUUACUAUGACACAACUAAACAAGCCUAUCUAUAUUAUAAUUCGAUAACUAGCGAAUAUCAACCUUUUACUCCAAGUAAACCACCCACUACUUCUACUUCUAACUCUACUACAACAAAGUCAACAAAUGAUAAUAAUAUUAAUUUUACAAAUCAACAACAACAAACCAAAAAGAAAUCAACUGGUCAAAAGAUAAGUGGAUCUUCUGCAAUUAAAAAGAUGGACAGUGAGAUUGAAAAAUGGAAUCAAAAAGGUAAACUAUUAACAGAGGCAAUGAAUGCCGAUGAUAAACUAUUUAAAGCACCAAUUGCUACUAGUUUGGAUAUGGUUGAGUAUACUGUACAGCAACACUUGAUACAACAACAGCAACAGCAACAACAGCAACAACAACAAUCUGGUUGGACUACGGUACAACAACAUUUCGAUCAAUAUGAUCCUGAUCAAUCACAACAACAACAGCAGAAGCAGCAGAUACAAGAUCAACAAGAUACACAAACACAACCAACUACUACUAUUACAGCUGCACCAAUUAAAUUUGCAAUGAAGAUUGCUCAACCUGUUAAAGUAGUUGCACCUGUCAUUAACAAAGCAGCGGUACUCAUUAAUCAGCAGAUCGAACAGGAAAUCAACAAACCACAUCCACCACCAGCACAACAAACAAAAGCAGAUCUCAUCGUUUGUAGACUCUGUGAUAGACAGUUCCCUUCGUACGACGCACUGGAUAAGCAUGAAAAGAUGUCCAAGUUACAUCAAACAAAUCUAGAGAAAGCCAAGAAGGAUGGUGUAGAUAUCAGCAGUCUAACCGGAAACAAACAAUCCAAACAGCAGCAGCAACAACAACAGCAACAAGAGGAAGACAAGAAGAGAAAGAAAGAGGUUAACGAUCCAUUCGGUGAGAAUAGCAUAGGUUAUAAACUGCUAAAGAGAGCCGGUUGGAAAGCCGAUGAAUCAUUAGGUAAGAACGGCGGCACCAACAACAAUGCACCGAUUGAAUUGGCAAUAAGACCAGCGGGUGCAGGUCUAGGAUCGACCAACGAAGAUUCGAAAUACGCAAUUCUACCGGGUGAUGACUAUCAUACCAUCACAAGAAAGCGUGCUAUGCAACGAUUUCAAGCUCUUGGUGGUGGAGAUACCGAUAUUGAUAAUAAUCCAUUUUUCGCAACAUCAUCAUCAUCAUCAUCUUCAUCGUCAUCAAAAAAGAAAUGA